GUAGAUUUGGAAAGUCCCUCACCAGUUUCAUAUCAUGGGCCGCCUCUUUAGUGAUGACCUGGGUUUACUCUCGUGUUCUGUACAGUGGAUUUUUCAAACCCUCCAUUAUAUUAUCAUCUCGAAGGUUUUCCUCAGGGGAUCUGAGUAGAUAUAUCGGAUUAUGUAUCUUGGUAUCAUCCUCGAUUAUCAAUUCGACUGAUCGAGGUUCGCUCUUUCGAUCUCCUUCUUUAUUCUGAUUUUGGUCGCUGAGUCUGGAUUUCUGACUGAUUAUACUGUUGAUAACUUUUUCUUGCUGUCGGACUAGACUAGAUGCUCGUGUCUUGGUUUUCUAGGGUUUGGAGUUGAUCCUUCGAACCUAGGUUUUCCAAUAAACAAUUCCAAGCUCGGGUGGAACUGGAAUUUUAGGGCUUUCUUACUGGUUAUCUAGGGUUUAAUUGUGUUUUGGUGAGACGAGGUUGAAUUCGAUUUGAUUUCUAUAUCUUCUGUUAUUAUUGUUAUCUUUUGGAAUAAGUUUUCCCCAUUAGAUCGAUUUAAGGGACGAAAUAGAUUUAGAUCAUAUGGCGGCAGGUAAACAUGGUGGCUACCGGGAGAACGAAUUCAGAGACCGUGAGUCCGAUCCUGAGGUUUCCAGGUGGAGGAAAGAUUUUUACAAGGGAAAGGAAGAUUAUAAUCGAUAUCGUGUCAGUGAACAUGACCGUGAAAGAAGUCGUAAUCUUGAGUUUGAACGAGGUAAGGAGCGAGAUGCCAGAAUUAGACAUGAUAUCAAAGAGAGAGGAGUUGUAAAUAGUGGUUACCAUUCUUCUAGUAACACAGGGAGCAGUAGUAGUGGUAGCCGGCGACGAGGUUUUCCUGUUAGAAUGGCAGACCGUGAACCUGGUGAGCUUUCAAGUGAGAGUGGAUCUGAUGGUGCAAUUGCAUAUGAAUCGCUGGUUAAGGAUGUAGAGGUUUCGGGUAAUGAAAAUGGUGUUAGGUCUCCUUCAGGUAAGAAGAGAAAGUUCUCGCCGAUUGUGUGGGACAGAGAAGAGAAGGAGUUGAGCACUUCUAAAGAUAGAAUUGUUCAAACGAGUGCACAUCCUCCACUGCAGAAUAAAUCCUCCCAUCAGUCGCCAAUUAUUGCUCCUGAUGGGUCUGUGCAGAUUUCUCCCAUCAGACAUAACCACUUGCAAAACUCGCCAAAUAUUGUUCCUGAUGGGGCUGUGCAGAUUUCUCCUGUCAAACACCAUGUGCAAAACUCAGAGCCUUCACCCGUCAAACCUUCAGUACCAUCUGGCUCAGUGUGGUCUGCUGCAUCUGAAUCAUCAGCAGGAUUAUCUUUGUCACCACAUGAGCAGCAUUGGAGCAAUGAUAGAGAACUGGGGCAGUUGGAAGAGGAAGACUUUGUUCCAAUGCGUAAUAUUUCAUCAUCCCGAUGGGCAGAUGAAGGAAAUUCUCCUGCGGAUGAAGGUGAAAUAUCUGAUGAUAAAGACAUGCCUAAGAGGAGGAAAAGGACAACUGCAUCUGAGACAUUUGCCACCAGGUUCAAUCCAAAGACAUCAAGUCCUGUGCUUGGAGAACUCACUAGAGAAGGUUCUGAAGGAGCUAGAGCAAAAUCAUCCAGCUCUAAUGAUGGAGGACAUCAUGUUUCCUCUGUAGAUGAACAUGGAGAAGAUGAGGUGGAUAAUAAUGAUUAUAUGGACAUUGAUGAGGAAAAUGAUUGCAAAAAUGUCAGUGAUUAUCAAUCAGAUAUAGAUUCUGGAAGGAAAGAUGACUGCUGCAAAACACCAGAUCCUCCAAUUCCACCACAGAGAAACAUAAAUAUGCUUCAGGGGUGUAGGAGUGUCGAUGUAUUUGAGUGGCUCAACAAGAUUGAUGAAGGUACUUAUGGAGUUGUAUAUAGAGCCAAGGAUAAGAAGACGGGGGAUAUUGUAGCAUUGAAAAAGGUUAAGAUGGAGAAAGAAAGAGAAGGUUUCCCAUUGACCUCCUUGAGGGAAAUAAACAUUCUUCUGUCAUUUCAUCAUUCAUCAAUUGUAGAUGUUAAAGAAGUUGUUGUAGGUAGCAAUCUUGAUAGUAUUUUUAUGGUAAUGCAAUAUAUGGAACAUGAUCUCAAAGGGCUGAUGGAAACGAUGAAGCAGCCUUUUAGUCAGAGUGAAGUUAAAUGCUUGAUGCUACAGCUGUUGGAGGGUGUCAAAUACCUCCAUGACAACUGGGUUCUUCAUAGGGAUCUGAAGACAUCAAAUAUUCUUUUGAAUAACCAGGGUGAGUUGAAGAUAUGUGAUUUUGGCCUUUCUCGUCAAUAUGGAAGCCCAUUGAAGCCGUAUACUCAUUUGGUGGUCACUCUUUGGUACAGGGCACCUGAACUUUUAUUAGGAGCUAAACAAUAUUCCACUGCUGUUGACAUGUGGUCGUUGGGUUGUAUAAUGGCUGAACUCUUAGCUAAAGAGCCAUUAUUUCCCGGGAAAACUGAGGUUGACCAGAUCGACAAGAUUUUCAAGACACUUGGCACGCCAAAUGAGACAAGUUGGCCAGGGUUUUCUAAAUUGCGGGGGGUCAAGGUCAACUUUGUUAAGCACCAGUCUAAUAUUCUCCGUAAGAAAUUUCCGGCCACAUGUUUCACUGGUUCCCCAAUUCUAUCUGAUGCUGGAUAUGACUUGUUGAUCAAACUUCUAGCUUAUGAUCCAGAAAAGCGGAUAACAGCAGAAGAUGCUCUUAACCAUGAGUGGUUCCAUGAGGUUCCCCUUCCCAAAUCCAAAGAUUUUAUGCCGACGUUUCCUGCUCAACAUGCUAAAGACAGGCGUCUAAGAAGAAUUAUGAAAAGCCCAGAUCCCUUGGAGGAGCAGCGGAGAAAGGAAUUGCAGAAUGGGGAGUUAGGAACUGGAGGCUUGUUUGGCUAAGUGGGAGGACUUUUUACAUUGGCAUUCUGCAAUAUUUAAGUUUUCGCAGAAUUCACCUACGAUGAUGAAUGUGGUUUAGGUGAGAAAUGUGUACUGAAAGUGAAGUUGUGAAACCUUUCUGUGAGAUGACCACUGAUGCUGUUCUUUAGCAGGCCUCGGAUGAUUUGGUGGAGAAAUAUUCUUUUUGUAUCUCCCACCAACCAAAUUGUGGUGCAGGAUAUUUUCUGUCACUUCGAACAUUGGUGGUCAUAGAAAAAAGUGCAUCCUUCCUUUUCCCUACUUGCUUCGCAAGGUGUGGCAUAAUGCCUUUCUAUUCGGGUUUAAUUUGGAAAUUGUGUAUGUAUCAUAUUUCAAUUGACACAUUGUAAGCAAAGCAUUUAAAAUUUGGCUCUAAAUACGAUACUAGUAUGGAUUUAUUGCUCAGUGUGCUGUUUCUUUUAAUCAUCAAAUUGUGUGUGCAAGAGACGAUUGGUGUGAAGCGGAGGGAGCGUUCUUUGCUUUCAUAGCAGAAGAAACUGAUGGGAAAAUUCCCUUUCAAAGUGAUCUACUCUUUGAAGCUCUUGAUUGAACACGAGUGACGUUUGGGUGCAAAGAGUGUUCUUAUGGUCAAUAUCCAACUACUGCCCACCUUCUGCAUCAGGAAAGUAUCAGAGCAAGCAGGUUGAGGAGGGUAUCCAUCUUUCAAGAAUAUUUAGAACUUCAGUUAUGCUCCAGAAUUUGCUUUCUUCAGAUGGUUUCAAUAGAGGCACUUUCUGGAGGACCCAAUGUUUUUGUAAUUACCAUCUGCUGUGACAUGAGGUGGAGGGAAAAAUGUUGUUUAUGCCUUUAUGGGGAAGUAAAACAAGCUUUUAUUACUUCAAUUCAGUGUCGCAAAUUAUUUUUGUUCUGCAAAAAGUUGUGGGAAUGGUGAUUGUGACCACCCCGAUGCAUUCUAUUGCUCAUGUGUCACAUUGAGACAGUACUCAUUCAGUCAUUUGUCCUUAAUUUUUAUUGCUGAAUUAUAUGGUUGAGGACUAUAAUAAAAAGGAUCAAAAUUCCAGGUA